AUGGAAGCUGAUUCGGGCGAGAGCCCGGAGGAGCUCGCUCGCCUCCGGAAGGAGCGGUCGCUGCUGCUGGGGGAGCUCGGCACGCUUCGCGCGAAGUUCGAGCUCACGCUGCAGACGCUACGGUCCAUCCUGGGCCUUGAGCUGAACUGCUCCUGGGCGGACAUCGUGGAGCAUGUAGAAUUACUUGGACGGCUUGCCGAUGGUCACAAGGGCCAAGACAAGUCCAUCAAGGAGGAGGAAGACGACGACGAGGAGAGUGAGGCAGAGGAGCUUCGACAGCUGCUCUUGCAAGCAGAAAUGGACCUGGAUGAAAAAGAGCAGCAGCUAGAAGAGCAAUGCGCUCGCGUUCGGGACCUUUCUGAUGUGCUAUCCAAGCAACAAAAUGUCUUGGACAUGACAUGUGCGCAACUGUCAAACCAAAACGAGCAGAAGGAUCUGGUGAGCAAGCAGCGGGAAGAGCUUCUGCGCACCACAGCUGACCGUGAUCGGCUCAAUGAUGAGCGGAAUCGCCUGCGCGAAGAGACACGCAAGCUGCGGGAGCUCAACGUGUUUCAGCAGAAGCAUCUCCAAGAGAAGGAGAGUCAACUGGCUGUAGCCGAAGCCUCUCUGGUGGAGAAGCACACAAGCCUCGCAAGAAGGGAGCAGGAGCUGGGAGACCUCCAAGCUGAUCACGAAAGACAGCGAGCGGAGAUCGAGGAGCUUUGCGACGUGGUCGCCUCGCGCGAUGACGAGGUCGACAGAAUACGAUCGCAGCUGGAAGUCUACGAGGCUGCGGAGAGGAGGAAGCACAGCUACCGUCCCGGCCCUUGCGAUGGCUCCUUCGUUGGCCGCCUGGCGUCCUCUCGCAGUGGGCCACUGGAAGAUACUGGCUCCGGGCCGCCUUCCUCCGCCAGCUCUGCGUAUCCCUCCGCGCGGGGCUCCGCGCCGAGGUACAAUGACUCUGUACCGUCCACACCGGGAGCACAGAGCCCUGUCACCUCGUCUCUCCGACGGCCGAUGCGUCCGGUGCUCUCCAUGGAUCGAGAUGAGCGUGCUGCGUUUCUGUCCCACUUCCCGAUGGCGUCACGAACGGAGAGGCUCAUGCGCACCCGCAUCGAUGGCAAACGCUGA